GAGUUUUCCCAAAGCACACAGUGUGAUCACUCUGAGGAGGAGGAACAAACUGAGGAGCUGACUGAGGAGACAAGGCUCUUCAACUAUGAUGGAGCUGAUGACAACUACUUCAUACCCUAUCAGUGAUUUUACUGAUCUAACCAGCAAUGACUCCUGGUAUUAUGAAGACUACAAGGAUGACCAUCACUACAACGAAAAGCCCAGUAAGCUAAAGCAAUCCCUCAACAUUAUGUCCCUCAUCGUCUACUCGCUAGCAUUUGUGUUGGGCGUGCUUGGGAAUGGAGUGGUUAUCUGGGUGACCGGCUUUAAAAUGAAGAAGACCGUCAACACGGUUUGGUUCCUGAAUCUGGCCUUGGCUGACUUCCUCUUCACAGCCUUCCUGCCACUGAGUGUGACGUACACAGCUAUGGACUUCCACUGGCCAUUUGGCAAGUUCAUGUGCAAGCUAAACACCACCAUCAGCUUCCUGAACAUGUUUGCCAGCGUUUACAUUCUGGUUGUGAUUAGCGUGGACAGAUGUGUGUCUGUUGUGUGGCCGGUCUGGGCCCAGAACCACAGGAAUAUACGAAAGGCCUCCGGCAUUAGUCUGUGUGUUUGGACAUUGGCUUUAAUCCUCAGUGCUCCAUACUUCGUCUUUAGGGACACAGGACCAUCGUACGAGAACGAGAACAUCAUCAACUGCUUCAACAACUUCGCACUGUCUGAUGAUGAUAGUAGUCAUCUUUUCCGCCACAGGGCCAUGGUCGUCACUCGCUUCAUCCUGGGCUUCGUCAUCCCCUUCAGCGUCAUUGUCUCCAGCUAUGCCAUCAUAAUCCACCGCCUCAGACAAAACCGCACACUGGCCAACCAGUCUAGUCGUCCUUUCAAGAUAAUUGCCGCCAUCAUCGUCACGUUUUUCCUGUGCUGGGCUCCCUUUCACAUCCUGGGUCUAACUGAGCUUGUGAGUAGCAUGACAGAUCACUCAAACAAGACGCUGACCAACAUCAUUGAAGUUGGAGUCCCCAUCGCCACUAGCCUGGCCUUUCUCAACAGCUGCCUCAACCCACUGCUUUAUGUGUUCAUGGGCCAGGACUUCAAGGAUAAAGUCCGCAAAUCCAUCCUAAAAGUGCUGGAGAAUGCCUUUCAGGAGGAGGUGUCCCGCUCUUACACAUGCACAAACUCAAUGGUCAUCAGUCGGGGGAAAGACAAGUCAGUUUCUGACGCUGAGGUGUGAGGCUUUCACUGACUCUCUAACUGUACAAUUUAAAUCUUACUUUUUGUAUCAGAUAACUUCAUUUACUAACCAUUUCCUCUACUUUGCUUUGAAUGGUUAGUUUUGCCUAACUGCCACUCCCUGUCCAGUUUUGUUUUGAGUUACGAAGAAUUAAUUGAUGGUGCAACAAUUUAGGCCGAAUCAAACAUUUUAAAAUUUCCUGAUGAAUAGCAUACGGUCAUUGAAAUCC